UUCCCGCCGCCGGGCCCGCGUCCUGGACUGUCCCAGCAGCCUGUGAACCAUGGUGGACUACUAUGAGGUUCUGGGCGUGCAGAGGCACGCCUCCCCCGAGGACAUCAAAAAGGCGUACCGGAAAUUGGCUUUGAAGUGGCACCCAGACAAAAACCCCGAGAAUAAAGAAGAAGCAGAGAGGAAAUUCAAACAAGUAGCCGAGGCGUACGAGGUGCUGUCAGACGCUAAAAAACGGGACGCCUAUGACAAAUACGGCAAAGAAGGGUUAAACGGUGGAGGUGGAGGUGGAAGUCACUUUGACAGCCCGUUUGAGUUCGGCUUCACAUUCCGGAACCCAGAUGACGUGUUCAGGGAAUUUUUUGGUGGAAGGGACCCAUUUUCAUUCGACUUCUUUGAAGAACCGUUUGAUGGCUUCUUUGGGAAUCGGCGGGGCCCCCGUGGGAGCAGGAACCGGGGCACGAACUCCUUCUUCUCAACCUUCACCGGGUUUCCGUCUUUCGGAGGAGGGUUUUCGCCGUUUGAUACAGGAUUUUCUUCGUUUGGGUCCAUAGGUCCCGGGGGCCUCACUUCGUUCUCCUCCGCGGCAUUCGGUGGUAGUGGGAUGGGCAACUUCAAAUCCGUGUCGACUUCUACCAAAAUGAUUAAUGGAAGAAAAAUCACUACCAAGAGAAUUGUCGAGAACGGUCAAGAAAGAGUAGAAGUUGAAGAAGACGGGCAGUUAAAGUCCUUGACGAUAAAUGGUGUGGCCGAUGAGGACGCCUUCCUGGAGGCCUGCAGGCUCCGCGGGCAGCAGGCCCUGCCCGAGCAGCCCGCCAGCACCAGCGCGCGCCCGCCGAGGCCGCCCAAGCCCAGCCCGCCGCCCAGACACGCGUCCCCCCCCUUCGGCGGCGAGGACGAGGACGAGCAGGAGCACGGCCGCCAGCGCCCGGCCAGCGCCUGGGACCCCGCGGCGCUCUCAGCAGGACUCAAAGAAGGCGGCAAGAGGAAGAAGCCAAAGCACAGGGACGAGUCCAAGAAGAAGAAGGCGACCAAGGGCCACCACUAGAGCGCCGGGGCCGCG